AUGUCCAAAACACCCUCUCAAACCUCCAGAAAGACUGGAAAGGGAGGAAAAAAGAAUGAGAAAGUUGAGGUUACGUUGUUGUCGGAUCUGAUUUAUAGUAACAAUGAAAAUAUGGAAAAGAUGUUUCCGGAGUGGGAUGAAGAAGUAUUAAAAGCGCUGAUGGAACGAGACAAGCAAUUAUAUGGAGAAGAGGGAACUAAUGCUAAGCGACCUACAACAAAUAAUGCUAACAAAAAGAAAGAGUCUUCUUUGGACGAGAUUUUAAAAAACGUGCAUGCAGUAGAUUCAAACAAAAUUUCAUUCGAUGUUGUCACUUGUACAGAUUUUACUAAAAAUGUGAAGGAAUGGAAAUCAUUGAAAUCUAAAUGGGAACCCAGAAUGUCACGAGAUUUAUUUCCAUCACAUCCUUAUUUUGGAAGAUUUUACAAAAUGAAAGAAGAUGCUCAAAAACAAGUGGUUGAACCUGUCGACAAAAAGAAACAACCACAAAAAAAAGUUGCUGAGGAACCAGAGGUAGUGUCAUUUACGCCUAUUACUUUGGAGUCAUCAGACGAAGAGGAGUUAAUUAUCGAAGAUUUUGAAAAAUAUACUCAGGUUCUUGACAUCUCAAACAAAGGGCAAUGGACAAAGGCCUUUGUGUCAGCUCUUUAUCAUAUUGAGGAAUGCAAAGAAUAUAUUCCUUUCGGCUCAUAUUUGUGGGAAAGAAUUUGGCCAAAAAAAGAAAACAGUCAACUACCAACAGUAUCCUCUUGGGGAAGAUAUUAUUUAAAACUGUUUUUCAAAGGAAAAGAUCGUAUUGUGAUUGUCGACGACAAAUUGCCUCAUGACAUUAGUGGCAAGAAUCUUUUCCCGAUUUCUCCUUAUGAUGAAUUUUGGCCCUCUAUUCUCUUAAAAGGAAUCAUUGCAAUUUCUGUUGGAAAUGAGCAUCUUGCCUUCUCUAAUCCUUUAUGGUGCUUCUCUGCGUUGUUUUCCAAUUUUGGGUCUCAGUCUCUCUGUUGUACCAACUCUCUUGACAUUAUUUCUCCUAUCACAUGUUCGCUUAAGUCAUGUCAAGAAUGGAAGAAUUCGUUUGAUUUAGUGAAAUUUUUAUGCAAUACCCCUAUUGAUGGAGACAAUACCAAGAAAAAGAUUCUAUUACUGACAUGUAGAAAAGACCUUGACGUAGAAUCAUAUGGGUUAAGAAAAGAUAAUCUAUACCGAGUGGAGGAUGUAAAAGUGUAUAAGGGAGAAACCAUCUUGAAGGUGGUCUCAAACGAUGUAUCUUGGAAUGGAAAGUAUUCAUACAAAAAUGCUUCUGUUUGGAACGCCUACUUUGAAGAAGAACUAGGUUUUUGUUAUCAGGAUAGAAGAAUUCAAAAAAGAAUGAAAGAUUUUUGGGUCGAAAUAACAGAUCUUCAAAAUUAUUUCGAUGGAGUACAUAUACUGCAUGAAAUUUCCAAUUUCUCUGUUAGAGCAUCCCUUGGAAGUCAUGCUACUCAAAUAAGCCCAAUUGUAUUCUACAUUACUGAGACCACAAAAUUAUUUAUUAGAGUCCUUGGAGAAAAACAGUCCAGCCCAAGGAUUGUUGUUAAAAAAGCUAGUAAUUGGAAAAAGCUGACUCCCAGUAAGGUAAUUCAUGAAUUCUCGAUAUGUAGCUACGACAGCAUUAUUCCAUUAACCCUCCCCUGUAAAGACGAUUUUGACAUCUAUGAGAUACGGUUUUCUAAUAUUGAGAACCAAUAUAUUGAGUUUUUGAGCGAGAAAAAUUUAGUAUUUGGAAAACAAGAGGACAUAUAUUCGACAAAAUUAAGUCAAUCGAUCCAAAGAACAGAUACUCUGAUCUCUCCUCCUCAUGAAAUGGAAGAAUGGAAAAUUUGGAACAUUCAACAUUUUAAUAUUGAUAAGGAGGGCGUUUUUAGUGCACGUCUACUCGUUGACGAUAUUUCAAUACUUCCAUUCACACAUCUUGUUCUUAUCAACAAUGAAAACUUGUCUGUUGUGAAAUCUAUUAACGGAAGAAUUUUUCCUGUUAAAUUACUCCCUUGCUCGCAUCAAUAUUCACUGGUGUGCUUUGCAUGUCCAAACAGAAGUCUAGAGAGUACAAAGUACACACUUGAAACAAUUUCUGAGAAUGAUGUCUUUGAUUUGGAGGCUGCAAAAUCUCUAACGUGCUAUCCAGUUUCAAUUAAAGGACGAUACUACACUAAUCCUGAGAGAGAACUUUUCAGAUUUAGAGUAGAUGUUGGAGAAAAAGCAAACAUUUGCUUCAGAUUGAAAUUGAGCGAAGCCACCCCAGUUAAAGUAAUUGUAAAUAAGGUAGAGAACUUUGAGAACAGUGUUUCCAUUUUGGAGUUUGAGAAUUUUGAAUCAGAAAGCGUAAUUACGGUACCAAACUUGGUUGUUUACCCUAGCUCCAAAAUGCAAAGUAUUAGUUACAACAUUGUUUGCACGAUAGAUGAGAAGAAAGCUCUGGAGAUUUUAUCUAAUAGAGUCAGUGUUGCCGAGAAUGAGUUUCUCCAGUAUCUCAAAGAAAAGAGUGAGACCACCUCUCUGCAAGAAUUGAACGCUGACGAAUCGAAAUCAACAGACCUCAAAUCACCAAAGAAAAACGACAAAAACGCCAAAAAGCCAGCAUCUGCUGUUAAGAAACCUGUGACCAAUCAAAAAGCGAAAAAAGACCAAGCCAGAAUUCCUUCAAAGCAAGACAAACCUCAAGUGCUAAGCAGUCAAUAUAUUGAGGGUACAGAGAAUAGCUCAGUUUCUUGCUUGACAUACUCUCUGGACAUUUUUUCAACAACACCCAAUGUUAUUUAUGAAGAAGUUAAUGUAAAGAAACAAGCAAUUGACCAAUUAGUAGAAGAAUGGGAAUCAAACUCACCCCAGCAUGGAGAAAAUGGCUUAGUAGCAAGAGAGAAAUUUAUCAAACAACGACUCAAGCAACUACUUUCUGCAACUGACAACUCACCCAGAGCUGAACUACAAGCCCAAAGUAAUAAUGAGACUGAAACAGAACGAAAAGACAGACUAGCUCGAGAGAAACAACAAAAUGCAACCAAGAUUAAACAGCUUAGAGAGCUAAGAGACAACGAAAUGAAAAAGCUUGAUGUUGUGGUCAAUGAUAAUGUGGAAAGAUCUCUUCAAACUUGUUCGUCCAUAAUGAAAGAAAAAUUCAUUGAAACUCAAAAACAAGUUCUGUCUCUUAAGGAGCAAAAGCUGGAAGAAGAAAAACGAAUUGAGCUUGAACGGCUGAAUGAAGAAAAAAGCGCAAAAAAGGGAGCGAGUGGAGCCAAUACAGCCCGAAAAUCUACUAAAUAA